AUGGCUGCCCUGAGCCAGCCCCGCCAGGCGUCCUAUGACGCCAUCGUCAUCGGGGCUGGCAUCCAGGGAUCCUUCGCCGCCUACCACCUGGCGCAGCGUCACAGGGACACACUCCUGCUGGAGCAGUUCAUCCUGCCCCACUCGCGGGGCAGCUCGCACGGGCAGAGCCGCAUCACCCGCAGCGCCUACCCGCAGGCGCACUACGCCCGCAUGAUGCCCGACAGCUUCCACCUCUGGCAGAGGCUGGAGGCCGAGGCCGGCACCAGCCUCUACAGGCAGACGGGGCUGGUGGUGCUGGGGCCAGCGGGCGACCCGGAGCUGGAAGGCUGCCGGCGUGGCCUGGGGCCCAGUGACACCCUCGACGCCACGGCGCUGGCACAGCGCUUCCCUGGCCUCCGGCCCCGUGCCGGGGAUGUGGCCCUGUGGGACGGCAGCGGCGGGGUGCUCCGGGCGGACCGGGCGCUGCGGGCAGUGCAGGACGUGUUUCGCCGGCACGGGGGCACCCUGCGCGAUGGGGAGAAGGUGCUGCGCAUCCAGCCUGGUGCUGUGCUCACCGUCACCACCACCGCCGGGGUGUACCGAGCCCCCCGGCUCAUCAUCGCGGCCGGAGCCUGGACCAGUGCCGUGCUGGCACCGCUGGGCCUCUGCCUGCCGCUGCAGCCCCUGCGCAUCGACGUGUGCUACUGGAGGGAGAAGGAGCCUGGCAGCCACGGCAUGGGCACAGCCACCCCCUGCUUCAUGAUGCUGGGGCUGCCCGAGGCUCCCCAUGGCAUCUACGGGCUGCCUGCCCUCGAGUACCCCGGGCUGGUCAAGGUGUGCUACCACCACGGCAGCCCCGUUGACCCCGAGGAGAGGGACCGGGCCCCCCCCGGCACUCCCCGCCCCAACAUUGCCCUCCUGAGCAGCUUCAUCAGCAGCUACCUGCCUGGGCUGGAGCCGCAGCCGGCCGUGCUGGAGACCUGCCUGUACACGAACACCCCAGAUGGAGACUUCAUCCUGGACCGGCACCCCAAGCACAGCAACAUCGUCAUCGGGGCUGGCUUCUCAGGCCACGGGUUCAAGCUGGCACCGGUGGUGGGGAAGCUGCUGUGCGAGCUGAGCCUGGGCGAGGAGCCGUCCCACAGCACGGCCCCCUUCGCCAUCGGCCGCUUCCCCGGCGUGCUCCGGGCUGCGCUGUAG